GGCAAGGGGAGCGGCGCAGUGGCGCAUGUCCAAGGAGAGGGUGACCCCACAGGGCGAGGAGAUGCCGCAGUUGCGGACGCAGGCCGCCCUGGAGUGCGACUUCGGCGUCGAGCAGCAGCAGGGAUCGGCGGCGGCGGCCGCCGACGGGCGCAGCUUCCAUGACAGCGCGCUGGGGGAAUUGAGCGGCGACAGUGAAGAGGCCGAAGACGAGGCCGCUGCUAAGGAGACGGCCGCCGCGGCUGCUGCCCCCGAGGAGAAGGCCGCCUCCGCUGCCGCCUCGGCGGCUGCCCACGAGGACCAGGCCCUGGCGGCCGCGUCGAAGGCUCCGCCCUCGAAGAAGAGGAAAAGGGCUUUGGAGUUCAAGGCGAACGUCGGCAUAUUGACCGCGGAGAGCUACGCGCAGUACCUGAAGGCGCAGCUCGACCGCCCGCAGUUGCGGCUCUCGCAGCGUCAACAGCAGCGGCAGCACCGGCACAUUCUCCAGGAGCACCCGUUGCAGCAGCGCCCGCAGAUGCCCCCGCAGCGGCAGCAGCAGCUCAAGAACCAGCGGGCGGAGGCCACCAUCCAG